CAUUUCUAGUGCAAUGUUUGGAGUAGCAUUUCAUCGUGGCCUUUAUGCGCUUCUUCUCUUUGCCACAUGCAGCGAUAAUUUCAGACGCCAUGGGAAAGCGGACAAAGUCGUCGACGUCCCUCAGGCGGGACCCUUGUGCCCAUAUGAUGGUAUCCCCGAUUCCUGUAUUUCUCGUGUUUAAAUGCCACGGACGUUAGUCAUCCCGCCGGAAGAUGUUUUGGACGGUUCCUGUAUAAUUCGGAAGUCUUCGAAAUGAGCAACAUGCCCGAUGACAGCUACGGUACUCUGUAGAUGUCUCCGUAAAAAUCUAUUUCUAAAAGCACUCUGAUUAAGGCUAUGCCAAUGGCGCUACCUCGUUAUCCAUGAAGAUAGUGAACGCGUUACAUGUAUCCAUCCGCUUGAUUAAGUUUAGGUCUCCAGAGAGGCGCUGUCGAAGCACGAUACACUUAUUCAAACAUCUCAGCGUUUUUGCUGCCUGGAGUCAGCGAACAUUCGUCUGCGCCAGCUCAGCGGUUCCCUUUAAAAGUGUGAUCACGACUUUGACUUUCCCAACGGCAGCCAGUGCUGUGGACGUAUUGUGUAAUACAUCUUACCCUCAACAGAGUUUCGAAAAAAUUUUAACUUGUUGAUCACGUUGUUUUUAAGAGCGGUUUAAUUCUGUUGUAAGAGCGGUUUAAUUCUGUUGUGAUGCCACAUAACAUGAGAUUAAAUUGUUCGCGAACUCCGCUGCAAAUUGAAAUUAUCACAAUGGCCGUCAUGUACACGACACAACUGGGCGGCUGGCCCUACACCGGACCGGCAUUCCAGUAUGCUCUGGAUGAAGUUGCACGGACGUAUCCGUGUUUGAAUAUUUCCCAGAAAUUACUGUAUGACUAUCGAUACCAAACUUGUCUCGACUGGUCGACAGAAAAUGUCAAUGUUAUGGCUGCAUACGUACUGGAUAAACGGAGGCCGGUAUCUGACAUCACCGCAUUCGUUUUACCAGGAUGUUCAAUGGAUGUUUUUCCAGUGGUACCUGUAAUUACGGAAUGGGAUCUGUUCAUGAUAACCAGCGUUGGAAUCACGCCGCAGAUCUGGGAUAAGGUCGCAUAUCCAACAUGGAUAACUGCCGCUAUUAGUUCCCUGAUAAUAUAUCGUGAGACAUGUCUCGUUCUCAUGAGACAGUUCCAGUGGGAAACAUUUAGCAUAGUGCAUAAUACAGCAGCCAAUUCUGUCUAUGCCACCUUAGCAAAUCUUUUCAAAACUGCUAUAGAAGGUCAUCCUGGAACGCAGCUGCAUCUGAUCAAAGUGGAUGAUAAUUAUUAUGAAUCACCAGGUUAUUAUGAAAAUGUACUCCAGGAACUCAAUCGCCACAGUCGAGUCUAUUUUAUUUUUGGCUUGGGAUUAACCGGAUUUCGGAAGUUCAUGCUGGCUGCUUCUAAGUUAAACAUGACGAACGGCGAGCACGUCUUCAUAACGGUUAUUCCAUUUCGCAAUGGAAUGUCGGGAUUUGACAUUCACUGGAAGUUCAACGAUACUGUUGAUGAUGCAGCACGGUCAGCAUUUCGUUCGGUACUCGUCAUGGAACCCGAUGAGUCGGCAUAUGGAGAACGCAAUGUAGCCGCUCAACAUGAAUUCGCCAAUCUCAUGAUAAGGUCUUCCAAAACCUUGUACAAUUACACCUACCUGCCAGGCGAACGUGUUUCGCCCUACGUGAUGGCAACCUACGACUCUGUCAUAAUUUUCGCACAGGUGAUGAACGAAAUAUUUUUGAGUUCAGCGUCGCCCAUAAACGGUUCGGGCCGAUCAUUGGCUAAGCACUUCCUCAGUCGCACUUUCGAGACAACCUAUACGAAUGUGACCUUUGAUGGGUUUGGACAACGGCUGUUUCCUAUGCUUCUUAAACAGUUCGAUUGGAGCAGCGGCAUACUGCGGGAUGCCAUUAAAUUUGAGCCAAAUGGCGAUAAUGGGACCGAGAUUUCCCCCUUUCAGUGGCCAACAACGUGGCCUCCGCCCGAUGAACCAGAAUGUGGAUUCCGUAGAGAUCGAAGCGCCUGUCUGACAGACAGCUCAGGACCGGUUGUUAUUGGAAGUGUGGUCGCUGCGGUUUCGCUGGUUUGCUUUGUCGUGCUCUUGACAUUGUACAGGUGCAGGAAGCUACAGAAUAAAGAUAGCAAUUCAAAGUGGUGGCUUUUAAAUCCACAGCAUUUGCAUCGUAAAAUACGGGACUCUACCGACAAGAAUAGUGUCUCCGGAGAAGAGGCAUCUUUUGGUGAUGAAUCUGUGUGGCUUACUCCAGUAUCUGCUGGCGACGAGCAUCUCGAAAUCCCUCUGGAGCAAACCUCAAGGCACAGAACGUUGCUGAAAACCUUGCACGAGCUGAAAAGUAUGGAUUCGUCAAACGUCAAUCGUUUUCUGGGAAUUUGCUGCACCUUUGAACAGAAGGUGUUCUUCGUUAGCGCGCACUGUGAGCGUGGAUCCCUGGAAGACCUCAUGAAAAGCCGGCGCAUCGAUAACGAUCUCCGGCUAUCAUUUAUAUACGAUUUGCUACAAGGAGUUCUUGCGGUGAGCCGAUCAUCGUUUAAAUCCCACGGCUCACUGAAAAUCCACAAGUGCCUUGUCGAUAACCGUUUUACGCUUAAACUGGGAAGUUUAGCGUUUUUGAGGUUGCGUUCAUCAUUUGUUAAUUCGAACAACCAUUCGAGCGUUAACACGACUGCAAAGAUAAGAGAUUUUGCGCCUGAUUUGCCAGCUGCUGGAUUAAUCGUGGGACACAUUGUUCUGCAAAAUGAAAUCCCACCGGAAGCAUUGUUACAGAUUUGUUCGAAUUCAUCAAGCAUUUCUGAAGCCAAGAUUCCGCUUUUGAAAAUUAUCAUUCCGGUCAUUAAAGAGUGUCUGACUUGCACCAAUCCAAAUGACAAAUCGGCUGCUGAAAGUGUUAUCAAGACGUUUAAAAAAGCAACCGGCCGGAAGCAUAACGAGAACAUGAUGGAACGUAUAGCUAAACGUUUGGAACGCUAUACAGCACAACUGGAUACGCUGGUUGCCGAACGAACUGCAGAAUUAUCUGCGGAAAAAGCCCAAUGCGAAUCUUUGCUGAUGGAAAUGUUUCCAAAAGAAAUCAUUCCAGACUUGCGAAAAGGCUGUGUAAUUAAUCCUGAAACUUUCGAGUCGGUCACGGUUAUGUUCAGCGAUAUUGCAGGAUUCGGACACUAUGUUCAAGAACACGGCCCCUCUGAAGUUAUGACCUUUCUAAACCAAGCUUAUUCGGUUUUCGACCUCAUAGUUCCGCGUUUCGAUGCUUACAAAGUGGAAACAAUAAAAGACUCCUACAUGGUUGUAAGUGGUCUUCCAAAACGUAAUGGCAUCCAUCAUGCAAAGGAAUUAUGCUUGCUUGCCCAGGCUUUAAUUCGUUCCUAUUCCCAGUUCGGCAGUGCUACCGAAACUUCGCUCCGUGUUGGCAUGCAUAGUGGUUCAUGUGCUGCUGGGGUGGUUGGAAAUAAAGUCCCGCGAUAUUGCUUGUUUGGCGACACUAUAAACACAGCAUCACGGAUGUUAAUGUACAGUGAAAGUUCGCACAUUCAUAUGAGCUGUGCCACCGCUGACCUCGUAGCUGACGUCGCAGAAUUUGUCCUCAAGGAGAGAGGAUUUAUGGAUGUAAAAGGGAAAGGGAGCAUUCGAACGUUUUGGCUCAAACUGGACCAUUACGUUGCGGCGGAUCGGUUUAGUUAUUUUCAUAAAGCGUAAUGUAUCGUCUCCACUUUCA